AUGUCCAGGCAUCGCUACGUCAGGAAUCUUGACCUCGGUGCUGAGCUCGCCGCCGACCAAGCGUCCGACGACGAGUACUUCCAUGAUGGAGCACAUGACGAAUACGGCUCCGACGAGGAGCCCAAUGAUGGCAUGGACGACACCGAGCGUGCCCAAAUGGCCUCGGCUCUCGUCUCCGCGCGCGCUCAGCUCAAGGACAUCAAACCACCAUUGACCGACGCCGAAAUCCAGGACUCGCUCUGGCAUUACUGGUUCGAUGUUGACAAGACUGUAUCCUGGUUGCGCAAAGAGUGGGAAAAGAAGGGCGGGCCCACGCCCCCGGAGCUCGAGCCGACACCUGAGCAACAACCCCGACCACGUCUGCGCCGCCAGAGGAAGGUGGUUCCUCGUCCCGCUGUCGCCCCCACCGCUGCUCCCGAGGCUGCACCAUCGCCUUCUCCGCCUCUCACUGCACUCCAGCGCCUACAGCUCGCCAGGAAGCAGGCGGCAAGCGCCUCCAACUCGGCAGCUGCAUCGCGCGCGCCGUCAGCCGUUCAGAGCUCGUCGCCAUCUCCCACCGGCACGCCUCCUCCUUUGGCUGAUUCCCCCGCCAAGCCUGUCUCAAAGCUCGCUCUUCUGGCGCAGAAGAGGCGAGAGGCUGCUGCUGCUGCGGGAACUGGGUCAGGUGUACCCUCCCCAGGUCUACCUGCCUCUCCCAGCCCAGUGGCGACGGCUGAACCAGUGAGCGCACCGCCUUCCCCGGCUGCCGGCCCCACAUCUGCAACGGAGAUCGUCGCGCCCUCCCCUGUCAAGCCACUCUCGAAGCUCGCGCAGAAGAUGGCCGCCGCUCGCGCCGCCCGUGAAGCUGGCGUCGCCACCAAAGCCGAGUCAUCCGCGGCUGGUGCCACUGCUGCUCCUCAAGACGCUCCCGAGACGGUUGUCAUCGAACCAGUCGACGACAUGUGGUCUUUCCUCCCCUCUUCAUCCACCACAGUUCCUCACAAAGCCUCCACCUCUACCUUCUUCGACAUUCUUACAUCCCAUUCCCCCGAACUGGGUCCUCCUGAGCCACCUUCCCUCGAGAACAUGCACAUUGCAGUUCGAGGCGACCCGGCUGCCGCCGUUGGCCGCGUCCGUGAAGCCUUUGGACCGGGAACUGAAAGCCCCGACGACAUUGUACUUCGCAUGCGGGAUGGCCGCGCGGGCACUGGCGAGGUCGCUCCCAGCGAGCAAAAGGCUGUCAAGGUGGAGAAGCGCUCGGCAAAGGCGCCCGCACCGGCGGCGCCAGUGGCGAGCGAGUUCGACAAGGCGGCGGUUAGCACCAAACAGAAGAAGGACAAGGGCGAACCCAAAGUGGCAUCUGGCAAACCCAAGAAGGCCAGUGCCAGCAACGGGGGCAGCAGUAACAAGCCUCAUCGUCCGGACCCGAGUCGACCAACUUCGGAGCCGGCAUCGAAACCCACCAAAGGAUCUGGAGGAGCCGUUCCACCAAAGUCCAAGCCUGGUGCUGUCAAAGGACGCGCCCAAGUUGCAAAAGCCAACGCACCUCCUCCGACCGCGCGCUCCAAAUCCCUCCCCGCCAAGCAGCGGGUACAGGAGCACCCCGGCUCUCGGGCAUCGUCUCCUGGGUCUAGCAGCAAGCCGGGCUCUGUGUCUAGCACGCCGCGCAAGGGUCCGUCUACGCCGCUCGCGGCUACCCAGUCGGACAUGGCUGGUCUCCACUUGGGCGAUGACACUGUCGACGAAGCAGAGCUUGCGCGCGAGCGUGAAAAGUUCAAGGAGCACUUUGUGCCGAGCAUGAAGCAAGAAGAGGUUAUCGCCAAGGUCAAGGCCGACGAGGAGAAGAGCGGCAAGGCUAGUUACAGCUUGAUUGUUGUUGGCCACGUUGACGCGGGCAAGUCGACACUGAUGGGCCGCCUGCUGUACGACAUUGGCGAGAUGAGUGAGAGGGAAAAGGAGAAGAACGAGCGCGGCAGCAAGCGUGUCGGCAAGGGCUCGUUUGCGUUUGCGUGGGGUCUCGACGCGCUGGGUGACGAGCGCGACCGCGGUGUGACCAUUGACAUUGCCACAACGCACUUUGAGACGGGCCACCGCAACGUCACCUUGCUCGACGCUCCUGGUCACCGCGAUUUCAUCCCAGCCAUGAUCUCGGGCGCGGCCCAGGCCGACGUGGCGCUCAUGGUCGUCGACGGCUCGCCUGGAGAGUUUGAGGCGGGCUUUGAGCGCGGUGGCCAGACCCGCGAGCACGCUUGGCUUGUCCGUUCCCUCGGUGUUAAGGAGAUCAUUGUCGGCGUCAACAAGAUGGACAUGGUCAACUGGAGCCAGGACAGGUACGACGACAUUGUCGAUGCGCUCAAACCCUUCCUGGCGUCGGCAGGGUUCGCAGCCACAAAGACCGUGUUCCUUCCCCUCGCAGCCAUGGACGGUCUCAACGUCGCUGCUACGCAGCCGCUUCCUGAGGAGGCCAGCUGGUACCAGGGCCCCACCCUCAUCGACUCGCUCGACAAGGUUGACGUGCCCGAGCGGCCGUUCGCUGCGCCACUGCGUAUUCCGCUCUCGAACGUCUUCCGCGGCCAGACGGCCGUUGCGUCAGGUGUGGCUGUGCAGGGCCGUCUGGCGAGUGGUGUCGUCCAGGUCGGCGACAGCGUCCGUGGUUGCCCCGGCGACUGUGUCGCAAACGUCAGGACCAUCGAGGUCGACGACGACACAGCCCCCUACGCCGUCGCGGGCCAAAACGUCACCUUGUACCUCGCCAACGUGGACGCCAACCAGCUGGCCAUCGGCAGCGUGCUGUGCCCUCCCAGCCGGCCCGUCCGCCUCGUGUCCAAGUUCACCGCGCAGAUCCUCGUGUUUGACGUCUCGACCCCGAUCAUUCCCGGAACCGCCGUCGAAGUGUUCCACCACUCGGUCAACCUUCCUGCGACCUUCACCAAGCUGCUCUCCAUCUCGGAGCGCGGCCAGGUCACCAAAAAGAACCCCCGUGUCCUGCAAAAGGGCACCACCGCCACGGUGGAGAUUACGCUCCGCGCAUCGCGUGGAGGUGGUCGGCCAGCCACGAUCCCGCUCGAGACAGCACAGGAUAACAAGGAGAUGGGCCGCGUCCUCAUUCGCCGGGCAGGCGAGACCAUUGCGGCCGGCAUGGUCAUGGAUCUCAUCGAGUAA